AUGACGAAGCGAGUAGAGCACGCAGUGAACGUUGCCAUGGCCCAGCUCAGGAGGGCGAAUGCCAGCUUCUCGGAAAUGAUGAAGGUACGAGAAUCCAGUUUCCCAUACGCGAUACGUCUGAGUUUAGGCUAUCGAAGAACCCGGGGACCCGAGACGAGACCAGAAACCGAAACGGCGGACCCCGAAUCCGCCACUACACCCUCCAGUGUGUAUUGCUCCCUCGAGGAGGGGCUAUGGACUUCGUAUAAAGAGAAAAUUCUCCCUCUUGAACAAGAUUACGCUUUUCACUGGUACACCUGUCAUUCGCCGCUAAUUGAGAAUGAUUUCUACGCGAAACCAGUGAUUCUCGUUAUGGGUCCCUACUCGUCAGGGAAAACCUCGUUCAUUCAAAGGCUGACAAGCUGCGCUUAUCCUGGGAUGAAGAUCGGACCCGAGCCAACAUCAGACAAGUUCACAAUUAUCGGAUACAGCCCCGAGGACUCGGUCAUGCCCGGUGGGGCCGUAGUCGUAGGACGACCGAAUAGCGGAGAGUUUUCCAAGUUCGGCCUGGAACGCUUCGGUUCGAGAUUCCUCGACCGCCUCCAGUCGGUUUCCAUGUGUUCGGAACUUCUACGACAUGUGACUCUGGUCGACACACCCGGCGUAUUCCCAGGGGCGAAAUCGUACGACCAUGCGGGAGCGCUAGAAUGGUUUGCCGAGAGGAGUGAUCUUAUCGUCCUGAUGAUGGAUGUCCUGAAGCCGGACGUACCCGAUGACCUCCAGGUGGCCUUGCGAGCUAUCAGAAGACAGUCCCACAAGCUGCGAGUGGUCUUCAAUAAGGCGGAUGAGCUCGCGCCUCUUCAAUUGACGAAGGUCUACGGCACACUGCUGUGGUCCCUGUCACAGACUCUCAGGAGCGCCGAAGUUCCGGACGUCUUAAUGGGAUCUUUCUGGGAUAAGGGGGUCAAGGAAACACUUUUCAAAUCGGAAUUCGACUCGAAUUUGGAACGAUUGGAUAACGAGAUUAAUGAGCUACCGCGCAGCUCAGCUGUCAGGCGAAUCGACCGCCUUGUGAAGCGCGCCCGCCAGGCUCGAGCUCACGCUUUGCUCAUGUCCUUCUUAAGGGAGAACUACUUGAACGUGUUGAAAAAGGGAGCAUCGGGUCGUAUGUCCGUAGUAGAUCUGCAGGAGAUCUACGAGCAAGUGGUUAGCAAGCAUCAGAUCGCUCUUGGAGACCUGCCCGAUGCGGCAGUUAUGCACAAGAAACUCUUCUGGCCGGUGGAUCUUCCUCCAGUUCAGAAUGCCAAGCUGUUCGAGAGGAUCGAACAUUUUCUCGCGGUCGACUCAGCGACCUUAAUGAAUAUCGCGAAUCGGAAAGGCCCAUUGAAGCUUCAAGCGAUAUUCGGUUCGCAGCUGCGGAAAGUCGUAUCCGAACACAUUCCGCCCCUUCAAGGCAAAAAAUACACUCGCGUUUUCCAACGGCUCUGUGACAAGGAACUCGAAACCAUAAGCCUCGUCGAGGUCAAAAACGCAAUCGUCGACGACGGCUGCGGAGACAUCGAUGUGCUCGAUGAGGAAACUUUCACCAUGCUGUGGCAGUUCGUCGACGACGAUGCACAGGGCCACCUAGCUAUGAACGAUUUCAUUCUAUUUAUGCAUCUUGUCGAUCACUGGUGCAGAGGCGAAAAGAACACCUGCCUCUCGCUGGUCGAAAAGUUCAUGAAGUCUAGCGAUAAGAAGAUCGUUUCGGAGACGAUUGAGUGA